AGCAUAUUCUCUUUCGAGUUGUUGCUUACCCAGAUGGAGAGGAACUCAGAGCGCCAGGAAGAUGGCGUAGACAUUGCUGUGAUCCGUACCCAACCGCGCUUUCCAGUCCUCAGAAGUAGAGAUAGCGGCGGCGAGUAGCCAUACGUUGGUUGCUACAUAGGGUCAUCAGCAUGGCCAUAAAUACGCUAGCAUCAGCUGCUUCCCCGAUCAGACCUUCGGAGUAGUGAUGCCUGUAAAGAACAUAGAAAUCCUCUCGUUUACUCAGCAUGUUGCAUUCGCGAAGAUCCAAAUUCCAGAGACUUCGGUCGAUCAAGAGCUCAAUCUCUGACAGUCAUAGAUCAGCAUCUGAUGUAGUCAGGCCUAGUGUUAUAGGAUCCGACCAUCAUUUUAUACCUCCUGUCCUGCCAGAUCCCAAAGACAUUGUAUCCCUGCCCGUGCAGCCUGUCCCGGCGAAAGAUGACGAGAAAACCGCCUGGAGCAGACACCUGGAGGGAGCGUCCCUCAACUCCUUCCCACGCCAGCUUAGUGUAUCCGUCGCAGAUCAAGUUCCCCGGCCACUCGCCACCAUCACAGGGGGUUCCUGUGAGGUGAAUGACGCAGAAAUGUCGUCCCAACAGGCAGCUGGUUUGGUCAGCGCCGCGUGGGCCAUCGUCCUGUCCAGUCAUUCCGAAAGCACCGAGGCCUUGUUUGGCUUGCAGUAUAUCAAUUCUCCUCAGACGUCGUCGUCGAUGCUGCCCGUACGUGUGCAGGUCGACCGCUUUCAGCUGGUCUCGCAGUUCAUCCCCUACGUGAGAGAGUGGUCAGACAGGGUCAUCUCGUCCCAGCUCAAUCUCGAUGAGAUCCGAUCUCUCAACGCAGGUGCAGAGGUUGCCGCGGGCUUCCAAACUGUCAUCCAUUUCCUGGAGGGCCGUCCGGAGUGGCACUACCAGUCCGGCUCUCCGAAUUAUGGUGACAAGCCCGAGGAAUCAUCACAAUACUCGCUGGUAAUUCACUGCUCCCGCUAUGGCGGCGCGCUGUCCUUUCUGGCCGAGUUCAAUCAGACGAUCUUGCCGGCGUCCACCGUGCGGUUGUUGAUAGAUGGCCUAGAGCAUGCGGUUUGGCAACUCAUCAACGGUCGAGACGACCAAGCCCUCCGCCUGGCCAGCCUCGAACAGCUGGGGCCCCAUGCACGUCGACAAUUACUUCGAUAUAAUAGACCACUGACUCCCAAACUUAAUUCAUUCGCGCAUGAUAUCAUCGAGCAGCAAGUUUCUAAGCUGCCCCAAGCCGCGGCCAUUGAUGCGUGGGACGGCCAGCUCAGUUAUUCUCAGCUCUGGGAGCGGAGUAUGGCGCUCGCUCGCCACCUCCAGCAACUGGGCGUUGGCCCCGGCGUGUUGGUGCCGCUGAUAUUCGAGAAGUCGAGCAAAAGCGUGAUUGCGAUGCUCGCAGUCCUCCAAGCCGGCGGCGCAACAGUCGCCUUAGACCCUAAUGUCCCAGUAGCGCGUCAGCACGCCAUCAUUCGUGACGUGGGAGCGUUCGUUGUCAUCACAUCAAGCACGCACCGCGACAAGGCGCCGUCGCACAUCACCACCGCCAGCCCCAAAUAUAACGUCGUGCUGGACGACGAUCUCCUGCGCCAGUUGGCCGGAGCCACGGAAUCCGAGCUUAUCCAACACACGCCGGUUUCCACGCCGGAUGACCCAGCAUAUGUCAUGUUCACGAGCGGGAGUACUGGGAAACCCAAGGGAGUCGUCGUCAGCCACUCCGCAUUCGUGUCGAGCUCUGCAGGAUACAGCAAGGCCAUCUAUUUGACUAGUCCACGGAGCCGAGUGCUGCAAUACUCUUCAUUCACAUUCGACGCCAGCAUGCUCGAAAUCCUCACAACACUGACCAUCGGAGCUUGCAUCUGCAUCCCCUCCGAAGAGGAUCGUCUCAACGAUUUGGCCAAGUGCAUCGUCUCAUUUGGCGUCAACUGGGCCAUUCUGACUCCCUCGGUCGCCUCUCUGCUCGACCCGAAAGACGUUCCGGGCCUCGAGGUCAUCACUAUGGCGGGCGAGGCGUUGCCGUCCCAUCUAGCCGAUCGCUGGGCUGGCCACGCGAAAACUAUCAACGCCUACGGGCCAGCCGAGGCCUCCAUCUUGACCGUGAUCAGCGAGCCACGCAUCGCAGGGUCAGGCCCGGUGUACCUGGGUCGUCCACCCAACUGCGCCGUGUGGCUCGUCGACACGGACAACUUCAAGCAGCUCGUCCCAUUUAACACCGUCGGCGAGAUCGUCCUGGAGGGCCCGGGUCUAGCGACUGGCUACCUGAAUAACCGCGAGCUGACCGAGGCCGCCUUUGUCGAGGAUCCUGAGUUUCUGCGUCCCAUUGUAGGCGCCAGCACCGGAGGCACUGUGCCACGCGUUUAUCGGACUGGCGAUCUGGGCCGGAUGCACGCGGACGGUGUCAUCGAGUUCCUUGGCCGCAAAGACGCACAGGUCAAGAUUCGGGGGCAGCGCAUAGAGCUUGGUGAAAUCGAAUCCAACAUCAAGCAAAUACUGGGUGAUGACUCGCUGGAGAUUGUGGUCGAGGUGCUACGGCCUGGCAGCAAGGAUCAGAAGAACGACAAAGACUUCGCCGGAGUGAUGGUGCUCACCUGCUUCGCCUGCAAGAAAACCACCCUCCCGCCAGAUGCUAACGGCUUGGUCUUCUUUGGUGAUCGCAAAGACCCUGGUAACUUGGCAACUGGGAUUUCUGAACGCAUGAAAAGGACCAUGGAGCGGCUGACCGGAGUCCUUCCGACAUAUAUGAUCCCCAAGGUCGUCCUCCCUUGUCAGGCCAUCCCACGCACUUCCUCAGGGAAGACAGACCGCAAGCUUCUUCGAGAUAUCGGUGCAAAGAUGUCAACAGACAUGUUACUCACUCUGGGAGUCCCUCCUGCGCCGGCAGCCGCCAUAUCCGAUCCCAUCGAGGCUCUCAGUGAGACGGAGCGUAUACUGCAGGGGAUCUGGGCCAAGCUCCUUGGGCUGCCACAGCAGUCAAUCGGGCCGAACGACGAUUUCUUUGAACUGGGGGCGGAUUCCAUGGUCGCGAUCAAGAUGGUCGCCGCGUGUCGCAAAGCUGGUCUAAAGAUCACAUACGCAACCAUUUUCAGUAGACCGGGGCUCCGUGACAUGGCCGCUGUGUGUGAGCGUCCCAAGGAGGCAACAUCGAACGGACUGACUGCAUCCCACCAAGGUCCAGCCCCGGUUCCAUCCCAGAUCCACCCAUUCAGCAUGCUGAAGCCGCAAGAUAUUCCAGAGUUGACUGAAGAGGCGGCCACACAGUGCAAUAUGAGCAAGGAUGCCAUCGAAGAUCUCUAUCCUUGUACGCACCUUCAGGAGGGUUUGAUGGCUGUCAACUUAACGCGGCCUGGAGCUUAUACAGCCCAGAUGGUGCAUGAGCUUCCCAGAGGCACUGAUAUGGUGCGAUUCAGACACAUCUGGGAAGAGAUUUAUGAGACGUGCCGGAUUCUCCGGAGCAGGUUUGUGAUGACCUUGGCCGGCUCUCUCCAGGCUGUUAUCAAGGGUCGUAUCCAGUGGAAUGCAGCCGACGAUCUCGAAAGCUAUCUGAAGCGUGAUGAGGAGGAGCCCAUGCUCCCCGGCGUCGCGCUGAGCCGGUUCGCCAUCAUCACUGGCGCGGAUGGCCACGCCACGCAUUUCGUCUGGACGUUACAACACAUGCUCUACGAUGGCUGGACGCUUGGAUUGCUAGUACGAAAGGCAAACGCCAUGUAUCGGGGGUCCAAGUUUUCCAUUGUCGAUGGCUUCUGCCACUUCGUUGCCUACACCCAGUCCCUAGACAAAGACAGUCUAGAACGAUACUGGCAGCAGGAGCUCGAGGAUGCUCCAGCCUCGACGUUUCCGGUAGCUUCACGGCCAGGCUACCAGUCUAUCGCCCGAACAGUCAUCCGGGACCGUCUCGAGUUCGGCGGCUCGCCUCCCGCAGGCUUAACGCUGCCAUCGCUGAUCCGAGCCGCCUGGGUGAUCAUGAUCAGCCAUUUCUCCCAGACGAACGAUGUGGUUUUCGGCGCCAUCGUCUCCGGACGCAGCACUCCCAUGCCUAAUAUUGAAUUGACUGCGGGGCCUGUAAUCGCUACCGUCCCCGUCAGGCUGCGCGUACGGCCCGACCAGCGUGUGCUAGACUUCCUCCGUCACGUGCAGAACCACUCCAUACAGAUGUUGCAGUACGAGCAGGCCGGCAUCCAACGCAUUCGACAGUUGAAUAGCCACACUAAACGCGGGUGCGAUUUCCAGAACCUCCUUGCCGUCCAGUUUGACUGGGAGGAAGACAAUGGCCUGCUCGGGAAACCUCAGUACCGCGAGGAGUUCACCACCUACCCGGUGACCUGCGAGGUGAGACUGGUACAAAAUGGCAAGGCCAUUGAAUUCGCCACGCAUGUCGACGAGGAGGUGACCAGCCGCCUUGUGGUGGCCCAGGCUAUCAGCCAGGUCAAGACCAUCCUUCGCCAGCUGGUCGGAUUAUCUGCAGAGUCAGCCACGACUCUUAGCCAGAUCAAGGUAGACGAGGAAUAUGGAGAAUAUGAGGACGACGACAAGGCGCCGACAGAGGAAUCAAUGCCUAUAUCCUCAAUCUCUUCGUCACCACAACUGCCACUUCCGGUAACCGUGCGUGCUUGCAUCCAUGACCUGAUCGGAGAAGUGGUAGAACGCCAACCCAACGCAGAAGCCCUCUACUCAUCCCGCUUGUCGGUUUCGUACUGGGAGUUGGAUGACUUCUCAACGAGACUCGCUGCCCAUCUCAUCAGCGUUGGUGUUGCCGCCGGGUCCCUGGUGUCACUGUGCUUCGAAAAGUCAGUCUGGACAGUGGUCGCCAUGCUUGCCGUGCUCAAAGCCGGUGCUGUAUUUGUCGCAUUGGAUCCCAACCAGCCCUUGAGCCGGUUGAAGAGUAUUGUGCAGGACGCCGAGGCGAGUGUGCUCUUGACCUCGAGACUGCACGCGCGAGUGACCAUCCUGCCCGUGGCCAACGUCAUCGUCGUCGAGAAGGCUCUACUUCAACGGCUGACAAGGCCAGAAGAACAAGGCAUCUCGCUCACAAACCGGGCCUCGCCGGACGAUCUUGCAUACCUCAUCUACACCUCGGGCUCGACCGGCAAACCCAAGGGCGUCAUGGUCUCCCAUUCAGCGUAUGUAUCUGGCGCACUGGAACACGGCCCUCGACAGGGCAUCCGGCAGCAGCAGAGCCGCGUAUUGCAGUUUGCCUCGCACAGCUUCGAUGCCAGCCUGGUCGAAAUCCUUACUACCUUGCUUCAUGGCGGCACUGUGUGCGUGGCGAGCGACAAGGAGCGGCUUGAAGAUGUCCACGGCUUUAUGCAGCGAGCCCAGAUUGACUAUGCCGUGUUGACACCCUCCGUGGUGCGGUUGCUGCGUCCGGCCGAUCUGCCGUUGCUUCGAACCCUGGUACUUGUCGGUGAGGCAGCAGAUGACGGGCUGGUCAAGCGCUGGCUGGACGCCGCGGUGGAGGUGUUCAACGGCUACGGACCCAGUGAGUGUUCCAUUGUGCUCGCCGUGCAGAAGAUGGUGCCUGGCAUGAACGCCUGCAACAUCGGCUUGCCCGUUGCUGCGCGAGCAUGGGUCGUGAAUCCAAACAAUGUCAACGAGCUCCUGCAGGACGGAGAGGAUGGUGAGCUUCUAGUGGAGGGGCCGACGCUGGCCCGAGGCUACCUUAAUAACCGCGAGGCCACUGAGAGCGCCUUCAUUUGGAAUCCUGCGUGGGCCGUGAAGGAGGGAGAGGAAAACUGUGAUAGGCGCAUGUAUAGGACAGGGGAUCUGGUGCGGCGCAGCCCGGAUGGCUCCUUAUAUUAUAUUGGUCGUAAAGACUUGCAAGUCAAGGUCAAUGGCCAGAGAAUAGAGCUGGGGGAGAUUGAGGCCCACCUCUUCAGGUGCUCGCGAGUCAAGAACGGGCUUGUACUAUUCCCAUCCAGUGGAAAUUUCGCCAAGCAGGUCACAGCUGUCCUCGAGUUGGAAGGCAGCGACUACAAUUUCAGUGAGCAAGUAGUCCACAUUCAAAAUGACCUUUCCACUCGAAUCCCAUCCGCUGGGGUCCCGAAGCAUUGGCUAGAUAUCCACACGCUGUCGGACGACGGUCUGCCCCUGUUGCCCUCUGGCAAAGUGGACCGACACACUGUCACCUCCUGGUUGAUCAAGCACGUCAGUAGUGGUGCGGACCUGUUUGUGGGCACGCCAGAAGCUGCCUUAGAGCGGGAAAUUGCAGCCGCCACGAUACAGACGAGUGAAAAACCGGCAGCGGAGCUGGCUGCUAAAGUCUCAUCCAUGCUCCGGGGAGGCAGGUCGCUCGCGUUGCAACAUGGGGAAGGUUUCCGAGACGCCAUUCUUUCUCAGUCUGGCCUAGACUCGUUAGAUAUGAUGUCCCUCAUCCACUACCUCUCCGGCCGAUAUCAGGUGCAUGUGAGCAUGCAGCUUCUGAUGGAUAAAAGUACUACAAUUAGGAAGCUCGCCCAUUUAAUCACGGAAUCCCGAUCCUCUGGCCGGGAGAAUCCGACCUCUGUUAUAGCAACUGCCCCCCCGAUUGACAUCAUGGCCGAGAUUAAUAAGUAUGAUGCUCGAGUUGCUGCGGUUCAGCUCAGCUCACCCGUCCUCGGCAGCAAGCUUUUCGAGGAGACCCUGAACAACCGAAAUGCUCGGCACAAGAGCAGUUCCAGCGGCCACUCACUUGACCCUAGCAGAUUGCAACAACGGUCGAGGAACUCCAGCCAUGGACAGAGCAGCCCCAGCAGUAGUGGUAGCAGCAGCAGUUCGUCCGGUUUCAAUAUCCUCACCGGCUCGACAACAGACAGUAAGCCUGCCAUGAGCAGCCUACUCAAGCCCGACCACCUCACCGUGCUGGUCACUGGCGCCGCGGGAUUCAUCGGUACACAGAUCAUCCGGCAGCUGCUAGAGAAGCCAACAGUGGCGCAGGUUAUCGCCCUAGUCCGCGAUGAUGAGUUCCAGUCGGCACGGGCCCGUACUAUCGACGCGGCACAGAAGGCGCUUUGGUGGACAGACCUGCACGCUGAGAAACUCGAGGUCUGGGCCGGUGACCUCUCCAAGCCGCAUCUGGGCCUGGAUGCCAGCCGAUGGGAACUGCUGAACACCUCAGACAGUGACAAGCGUGUGGACGCUAUCGUCCAUGCGGGCGCCGCCGUGACCUGGACCCGGAGCUACGCCGAUCUGGAAGCCGUCAAUAUCGGCUCCUCCGUCGAGUUGCUGCAGCUCGCCGUGUCGGCCAGUCGGCCGCGCCUCGUGUAUGUUUCGGGCGGACGGCAAUGGCAGUCAGAGCACGAGCACGACGAGGAUGUCGUGCUCUCCCUGGCUAACGACAUGGGGUACAGCCUGACUAAAUUCGUGGCCGAGGCCGUCAUCCGGCGAGCGGCGUUGCGCACCUCCCCAGGCGGCAACAACAUCUCUAUCAUCAAGCCCGGGCUGGUCAUAGGCACAGCGCAAGAAGGAGUUGCCAACAUAGACGACUACCUUUGGCGCCUGACAGCUGCAAACAUCGCUAUCGGUGCCUUCGACGGUGCGCAGGCCCACGAGUGGCUACAUCUCUCGGAUGCGACAGCACUUGCCCGCCUGGUGGUGGACACUGCUAUCAAUCCAGGCUUGGACCAGGUCCCUGUGCAGUACACCCGUGAUGGCAUGACCUGGGGAGCGCUAUGGGACGUCAUCCGAAACAUGGGCUACCAGUUAGAGGCCCAGAGCACCGCGCAGUGGCACGCAGCCAUACGUUCUGACCUCAUCACCCGCCGGGAGCAGCAUCCUCUAUGGCCACUAUCCCACCUGUUUGGCGAGGAGGCCGAGGACAGCGACAGCACCGCGAAGUCGUUAGCCACGGCCGAUGAGGUCCCAGUCCCGCCGCUACACCUGCGCAUCGCCGUGAUCAAGAAUGUGGAAUUCCUGGCCCAGAUCGGUUUCCUCCCAGCCUCUCCCCGGAGCCAGAUCCAUGGCCCCAGAUCCCUCUUGGGACGACCCUUCUCCAGAUCUCGGUCAUCAGCAGAGGCUGCGGGGUAUUUUGGGGCGAAUAUUAAUGCGCCUAUGAUUAUCACAUAG